CAGAAUCCAGGUGCUGUACACAUACAAAAUAUCCCCGUAGCUUUUGAAGAGCUUUUUUCAAAAGUCAAUAAAUCAAGCAAAAAAUAUAUUUUGAAAUCUGCAAACAGGCUAUACAGCGAAAAGAGCUUCCAUAUUGUUCAGCAAUAUUCUCAACUAAUUAAGAAACAUUUUCGUGCUGAAAUACAAUCUGUGGAUUUUGCUCAUCAUGCGGAAGAUGUCAGGAAGAAGAUUAAUACUUGGGUGGAGGAGCAGACAGAGAGAAAAAUAAAGGAUCUUUUGCCUCAAAGCUCAGUUGACUCACUAACAAAGUUAGUCCUGGUGAACGCACUCUAUUUUAAAGGAAACUGGAAUCAUAAAUUUCCUGAAGAAAACACAGAACAAAGACCAUUCAGGCUGAGCAAGACAACAACUAAAACAGUACCAAUGAUGUUUCAGAGAAACAGAUUUAAUAUGUUCCACAUUGAAGAGCUUGAGAUAAAGGUGCUUGAACUUCCUUAUGUUGAUAAUGAACUAAGCAUGAUAAUAUUGCUGCCAGAUGACAUUAAGGACAACACUACUGGACUGGAACAGCUCCAUAAAGAACUAAGCUAUACGAAGCUGAGACUGUGGACCAGCCCUGAUACGAUGACUUCAACUGAUGUGGAGCUAGAACUCCCAAGAAUUCGUCUUGAAGCCACCUAUGACCUGAAGUCAUACCUGAGCAAAAUGGGAAUGAGUGAUCUCUUUGAUCCAGAAAGAGCUAAUCUGACAGGAAUAUCAGAAAAAGGCGACAUCUGUGUGUCGGAAAUAUAUCAUAAAGUUUUUGUGCAUAUUAAUGAAGAGGGUACUGAAGCUGCAGCAGCUACUGGGGCCGUUGUAACUGUCAGAAUGCUCCCCAUAACGACUAAAUUUCAGGCAGAUCACCCCUUCAUGUUCUUGAUACGGCACAACAAGACAAAAUCUAUCUUGUUCUUAGGUGAAUGCCUCUCUCCAUAA